AACACCACCGCAUGGGUGCAAAAAAUGAAGUAAUUUUCGGUCGCAUUUACCGUUCCGCCACCAGCUGUUCGACAGAAUCCCAAUCAAACCCUAAAUUCUCUUCUUCCAUUUCCAUUGCCUCUAUUUUCAAAUCCUUCAAAAGAAAACUAGUCGUAGGUAGCUUUCACUCCACACCAAGCUUCAAAUCCUACGUAGAGACCUGCGCCUCCCUUAUUCGGCGAUGCUCAUGCACCCAUCGCUUACUUUCCGGCCUUGCCCUCCAUGGCCAUGCCGUCAAGUGCGGCAUCUCCUCGGACCGUUCAGUGUUCACCAAGCUUCUCACCAUGUACUCCGAAUGCAACCGCCCGGCUGAUCAGAAUCGUAUAUUCAUCGAAUUUGCCGGUUCUGAUAUCUUUUCAUGGAACUUCAUGAUCACUGAUUUGGCCCGGAGUGGCGAUAUUGAUGCUGCAUCUAACCUAUUUGAUCAAAUGCCUGAAACAAAUGUGGUUUCUUGGACUAUAAUAAUUGAUGAACUCAUGAAAAGAGGGAGGGUUCGUGACGCCUUGGGGUAUUUUGAUAGGUGCCCGUGUCAUACAGUUGUGUCAUACACAGCAAUGAUUAAUGGAUUUUCUCGAAAUGGAAUGUAUUUGGAUGGUUUAUUAAUGUUCCGUCGGAUGAUUAGAUAUGGUUUGAUGCCAAAUGAGAUAACUUUCACUUGUAUCAUUACUGCUUGUGGCGGUUGUGGUGAAUUUGAUUUUGCCAAUGGUGUUGUGGGGAUGAUUAUUAAGAAUGCGUUUGGUCAGAAUUUAUCAGUUUGCAAUUCUUUGAUUACGUUGUAUCUCAGAAUGGGGGAUGCUGGAAUGGCGAGGAAAAUGUUUAAUGGAAUGGUGGAGAGGGAUGUUGUGUCAUGGACUGCCUUGAUUGAUGUAUAUUUUCAGAUGGGUGAUUUGAAGGAAGCUCGCCAUGUUUUUAACGAAAUGCCUGAUCGAAAUGAGGUCUCUUGGAGUAUGAUGAUAGCAAGGUAUAGCCAGAGUGGUGAGGCUGUCGAGGCGUUACGGUUAUUUAAGCACAUGCUUUGUAAAGGCUUUAAACCAAAUAUCUCAUCCUUUGCUAGUGUGAUCAGUGCAUCAGCUAGUCUUGAAAACUUGUUACAUGGUAGGAGUGUCCAUUCUCAUGUUGUGAAGUUUGGAUGUGAGAAUGAUAUCUUUGUUGCUAGUUCUCUUAUAGACAUGUACUCCAAGUGUGGAAAAUCAGAUGAUGCUCGUCAGAUCUUUGACUCUCUUGCUAUGAAGAAUAUAGUGUGCUGGAAUGCCAUGGUUAGCGGUUAUUUCUAUGAUGGAAGAAUGAUGGAAGCCAAGCAUCUAUUUAUGCAACUUCCUGAAAGAAAUGCUGCCUCAUGGAAUGCAAUGAUCUCUGGGUUUGUUCAGAAUGAGUUAUAUGAAGAUGUGUUGGAGACCUUUAAUGAGAUGCUGACUUCAGGGCAGGUACCAAGCAGGAUGACCUUCUCUAGUGUUCUACUUGCUUGUGCAAGUUUGCCAUCUUUGGAAAAAGGAAAGAACCUUCAUGCCAAGACUGUUAAGUUAGGGAUAGCAACUGAGAUUUUUGUUGGUACUGCACUUACUGAUAUGUAUGCCAAAUCUGGAGACAUUGAGAGCUCUAAGAGUGUAUUUUGUAUGAUGCCAGAGAAGAAUGAGGUGUCCUGGACUGCUAUGAUCCAAGGGCUAGCAGACAGUGGAUUGGCUGAAGAGUCACUGGCUUUAUUUGAGGACAUGAAAAAAACUGACAUAAAUCCAAGUGAACCAAUGUUCCUUUCAAUUCUUUUUGCUUGUUCACAUUGCCGGUUAGUUGAUAAAGGGUUUCAUUAUUUUGAAUCAAUGGACAAAGUGUAUGGCAUCACACCUAAGGAGAGGCAUUACACUGCCAUGGUGGAUUUACUUUCUCGAGCUGGGCUGCUGAGAGAGGCUGAGGAUUUUAUUAGGAAGAUGCCUAUCCAGCCUGAAGCUAACACAUGGGCAGCUCUUUUAAGUGGUUGUGUUACUCAUGGUAAUGAUGGAAUUGGUGAGAGAGCUGCCAAGAUGGUGAUAGAGUUAGAGAGGCAAAGCACUGCAGGCCAUGUUCUUCUUUCAAACAUAUAUGCUUCUGUUGGGAGAUGGAAGGAUGUGGCUAAGGUUAGAACACUUAUGAGGGAGACAGGAAUCAAGAAAGGUGGAGGCUGUAGUUGGAUUCAGAUAAGAGACUGUUUCCAUUCAUUCUAUUCUUGGGACUCAAACCACCCUAAUGCUUUAGAGAUUUAUGAGGUUCUAGAACUUUUGAUACCUGAAAUGAUACCUUGUAUGCUGUAGGUAAACUUCAUGAAAAAAUAAUUAUAUUCCGAAAUUUCAGGAACAUCGUGUGACUUGAUUUUUUAGACCUUCGAAGAUCAAAUAACUCGGUUUCUCUAGUUUGUUUAGAGCCUCAAGUGCUGUGAAUUAGCAUAAUUUUGACCUGCUGGGGGACAAUGCAGAAUAAUUAAAACUUGAGUUUGUAAUAUAGGAGUUGGCCAAAUUUUUGUGGAAGAAGAUAAAUAAGGAUUUCAAGUGUUGAAAUUGUA